AUCUAUAUUUUAAAUAUUCUGAUGUGGCAGGUUAUUAUUCACUACUGUAUCCUCAAUACCUGGAAUAAUGUAUCAUUCUAUUACUCCCAUUGACUUAAAUAAUAAAAUUAAAAUCUGUAUUUUAAAUAUUCUCAUGUGGCAGAUUAUAUAGUAUGUUAAUUAUAUUAGUUAUGCUAGUUAAUAAAAUUAUGGCAAAGUCUUUGGGAAUGAGGUUCAAAUUCAAUCCUGUAACAAUAAAAUCACAAAAAUUGUGGUUAGAAUUUCAGGGUUUUUGUAGGGAUAUUAAAGAUCGUACAGCCAAUCUGGUGCUUGGAUACUGUUGUACCAUAUUUAUCUACUAGAUUUUUAAUGUUGUUUUCAUUUAUUAUGUUUCCUUUUGAGUAUUCCCAGUGAUAGAAAACUGUUGGUUAGGACUACAUACAACCACUAGUUGCUUUCUUGGUUACAAGAGAUGUUUCUUUGUGAGUUUGGUCAUCCCAAAUGAUUCUUGUUUACCAUUUGGGUAAAAAACUUCAACGUUUGGAUAAAAUAUUCUCUGUCAAUUAAUCAUGAAAAGAAAUUAACUACAUAGUAGGCAUUUAAGCCCUAAGCUUUGAAAAGAAAUAAAAGAUAUAAUUACCCUUUGAAAAGAAAUAAAAGAUAUAAUACAAAGAUUAUAUCUUUGUAUUUUAUUCACUCAACUUUGUCAGGACUUUAAGGUAGAGUAGAAUGAAUAUUCUUUUUCUCAGAGUAGAACAAAAAAGUAAGUGGAAAAGAAAGCAAAAGGCUACGUUUGGCCUUCUAGUAAAAGCACCUUUAAAAUGGCUGACCGCAACUUUUUAUAUUGACUUUCUGUAAGAGAGGCAACCACUACCAAGGGGAUCUUGUGAUUAUAUGUAAAUAGAUGUAACCUUCCAAACUAGUUAUAUAUUUCGUAAAAUUUAUAAAUGACAUUCUGCAUAAUAAGAGAAAUGUUACUGAUUUGUUUGUAUUGAGACCAGGUCUCAUGGAGGGCAAUGGUGUGAUCUUGGCUCACUGAAGCCUCAGCCUCCCAUGCUCAAGUAAUCCUCCCACCUUAGCCUCAAGAGUAACUUGGACUACAGGCUCACACCACUAUGCUUGGCUGAUUUUUUUGUAUUUGUUGUAGAAAUGGAGUUUAGCCAUGUUGCCUAGGGUGGUCUUGAACUCCUGGGCUCAAGCAAUACACUUACCUUGGUCUCUCAAGAGUACUGGGAUUAUAAGUAUGAACCACUGCCCCCAGCCUGUUUCCAUUCUCUUUUUUUUUUUCUUUUUCUUUUUUGAGAUGGAGUGUUGCUCCCAUUGCACUAGCUUCAGUGCAGUGGCGCAAUCUAGACUCACUGCAACCUCCACCUCCUGGGUUCAAGUGAUUCUCCUUUAGCCUCCCAAGUGGUUUGGAUUAUAGGUGUGCGCCACCAUGCCUGGCUAAUUUUUGUAUUUUUAAUAGAGACAGGGUUUGCCAUGUUGGCCAGGCUGGUCUCGAACUCCUGACCUCAGGUGAUCCACCUGCCUCAGCCUCCCAUAAUGCUAGGAUUACAGGCAUGAGCCACUGCACCCGGCCUUCAUAUUCAUUUGAUGUUUCAAAGGCGUUCAAUAAGCUGAACCAUCUUGGCCUAUCUUUUAAAUAGGAUUUCCUUUGCCUGCUUUCAUGAAUUUGAAGUUUUGACUUUAGUUUAUAGAAAAUAAAGAUUGGGGAGGGCCUCAACAUUUUUCUGGCCUACAAAUCUGAAAUUCUUUGUAUUAAAUUUACUUAAAACAAACUGUUACAUGUAAAUUUUUGGCUCCUCAAAAAAGGUAGCCCUUGAAUACAAAUUUUCUCAGCAAGGCAAUUUUUACCUUCUGCAGAAAGAGUGCUACCUGUUAACAAUCCUGCCACAAGAGCACAAUGAACAAAGGAAAGGCAGGAAUAGUUAUCCCUUAUGCACUGGGUCCUUACUGCUGUGUCCUUUGUCCGUUGGUUGCAGCUGGACCUCACAGUCAAAGCUGAACCCGAUUGGCUAACAACUUAAAACUUUCCUAAAUAGGCAAUGGCGAACAAAGGAAAAGAGAAAAUUGCUUGUGAAAGAACUUAGAAAAGUAAUACUAUUUCCAAAUAUGGAAGGGGCAUGGGCUGCAAGCUGGGACAUGCCUGAGCAGGUCCAGAACAGAUAUCUUGGUUAAAGUACAAGGAUAUAGAAUGUACUCAUUUCUUUAUAUCUAACAACUACAUAGGAUAGGGCUUAACAAAGGUUUAUUAGAAAAAAAAAAACAAGAAGGCUUUGAAGGAAGUUAGUCUUUAAAAGAAACUAUUAUUUCUAACAUUUACUGUUUACUCUUUAACAAGAAAGGAAACUUUAAAGAGGAACUUUUUACUUUCCACACAAAGGGAACCUCUACUGCUUUGCCCUAAUGAAUUCAGGUAUUCUUUACAGCAUGAAACUAAGCCUAACCAUUCUGUAUUUCUAACUUUAUUCCAGAAUGCUCAUAGGUACCAGGAUAAUUAAGAAAUACUAUUUUUUUUUAACAUGGUUUAUUUAACAUAAUGAAUUAAUUUACUUAGAUCUACUAAUGCUCUCAAUUUUAUUUUCUGUCUACUAUCUGAUGGUAGUAGACAGAAUUAACAACUUUAUUAUAAGCCAGUGGCUAUCAAGUCUGUGAAUUUCACAUUAAUCAAUAUCACAAUUCCUCAGAAGUGGUGGAAAAAUAACUAUUGAUUUUUAAACUUUUUAAGUAUAAAUGAACAGUUGGGUACUAGUUUAAUGAACCUUAUGUGUCCAUAAUCCACCAUCAUGUGAAUGGGACCAGUUUUGUUUAUUUUAUACCCUGUCCACUGUCGUUGUCCACUUUUUUUUUUUGAGACAGGAUCUCACUGUGGCAAUCGCUGAGGCUGUAGUGCAGUGGUAGAAUCACGGCUCACUGCAGCCUCAACCCCCCAGGCUCAAGCUAUCCUCCCAUCUCAGCCUGCCGAUUAGCUGGGACCACAAGCGUGGACCACCAUGCUUGGCUAAUUUUUAAAUUUUUUUGUGGAGACAAUGUCUCCCUGCAUUUCUCAGGCUAGUCUUGAACUCCUCAGCUCAAGCAAUUCUCCCACCUCAGCCUCCUAUGCUAGAAUUAUAGGUGUAAGCCACUGUGUCAGGCUCUCCUUAUCCACAGUUGAUUUUGAUAUCUACUGCUUUUCAUAGCCUAGAUGUUAUGUCUUUAUAAAGAGUUUUUUAAAAUUUGUUUUUCUGUUAUAAAAGCAAAACAGAUAAUCUUCUUAAGGAAAUUCAGGAAAAUACAGAAGAAUAGGAAAAGAUAAAAGUACCCAAUAUUCUUACUACAGUAAGACAACUGAUUUUAGCAAGUUGAUGUAUUUUUUACUUUUUUCUUUGAAUGUUUUUAGCCUUUAAAAAAAUAUAACUAUAAAACUACACGGAAAAAUGUAAGAUUAUUGAAUCCUCUUCCUAACAUAAUUCUUUUUUUAAAAUGAGUAUCACUUUUAACAAUACUGUAACAUUCCCUUGUUGCUAGAUAUUUAAAUUGUUUUCAUUUUUUAAGAUAAUUUUUUUUUCUUAGAAUCUAGGUCUUCCUAUGUUGCCCAAGCUGAUCUUGAACUCCUUAGCUCAAGCAUUCCUCCUACCUUGACCUCCGAAAGUGCUAGAAUUACAGACAUGAGCCCCUGUACCUGGCCAAAGUUUGAUACGUACUAGGCUGCUGGAUGAUGUAUUAAGGCUCAGGAAAAUUCUUAAUGGUCAUUGUAGACUAGGUUUUUAAAUGUGAUGUUAACCAGAAGUCACACAGGAAUUUUUAGUUAUUUCCCUGAGUUUCAUAAGUGCUAAUUAAGGGAAUCAUUUGUGCCUUCUCAAAAACAUGUCUUCAUUCCAGUGACAGAUGGGCUGGAUAAAUAAUGUUUCAACCCUCUUACUCUGCCCAUAGAGUCUCAUUCUCUAGUUCCAUAUUAAACACCAGAAGAUUAAUUAGUGUGAGUAGUUAUAUAGAUGUUUGUUGAUUAAAAAAAAUUUGUUUUUUGAAAGAGAAAAAAAGAAAGGAAGAAAAAGAAAGAAAAGAAGAAAGAGAAAAAAGAAUGAAAGAGAGAAAGAAAGAGGAAGAGAAAAAGGGAGAGAGAACGGGAAUCUUGCUCUAUUGCCCAGGCUAGAAUGUAGUUUAAAAAUGUGUAUUGAAAACCUCUUUUAUGCCAAUAAAUGUGCUUAGCAAUGGAGACAGGAAGGCAUAAGGGAAGAAAAUAACAGACAAGCAGCCGACCAAUAUUUCAUUUAAACCAAAAAAUUUUUUUUCGCCUUGAACUAUUUCAAACCUCCGGAAAAAUUCAUAGUGAUAUAAUGAGUACUCUCAUGGUCCCUUUCUAAAUUGUCAAGUCCUUUUUCCAAAUUUACUUCAAGUCUUAUUUUGUGGGGAAAGGGAAAGCUUUUGAUUUUUAUUAAGCAUUAAGAUAAUGUUGAAGUCACUACAUAUAUUUAUUUGACUCCAUUCCCUACCCUGCUCCCUAGAGAGAAGUAAUCUCAUGAUGCAAAUUACUUAUUUUCACUAAUCAGUUGCUUUGUGUUUGUUUCUUUGUUUUUGUAUUGUUUCUUCACCUACCCAAUGAAAAGGAUAAAUGGCAUUGUCUCUUUAAUGAACUACUGAGUGUUAAGAAUAAUCUUAUUUUCUCAUCUUGAAACUCGAAUUACAACAUUUUUAAAAAUAUGGCAUUUGGAGAGAAGCAGCUGAUUUUCAGCUUUCCGUGGAUUCUUUAUUGGAAAAAGACAAUGACCAUUCAAGACCAGAUAUUCAAGUUCAUGCCAAGAGACUAGCAGAGAAGCUAAGAUGUGAUACAGUGGUGAGUGAAAUCAGUACUGGUGAAAGGACUGUAAAUUUCAAAAUAAACAGAGAGCUCUUAACAAAGACAGUAUUACAACAAGUCAUUGAAGAUGGCUCAAAAUAUGGAUUAAAAAGUGAACUUUUCUCUGAUCUUCCCCAGAAGAAGAUUGUGGUUGAAUUCAGUUCACCUAAUGUUGCUAAAAAAUUUCAUGUUGGACAUUUGCGUUCUACGAUCAUAGGAAAUUUUAUAGCAAAUCUCAAAGAAGCUUUAGGACAUCAAGUAAUAAGAAUAAAUUACCUUGGCGAUUGGGGCAUGCAGUUUGGUCUUCUGGGAACUGGCUUCCAACUAUUUGGCUAUGAAGAAAAACUGCAGUCCAAUCCUUUACAGCAUCUCUUUGAAGUUUAUGUACAAGUUAAUAAAGAAGCAGCAGAUGAUAAAAGUGUAGCAAAAUCGGCACAGGAGUUCUUCCAGCGAUUGGAAGAGGGCGAUGUGCGAGCACUUUCACUGUGGCAAAAAUUCCGGGACUUGAGCAUUGAAGAGUAUAUUCGGAUUUACAAGCGUCUGGGAAUAUAUUUUGAUGAAUAUUCAGGAGAAUCAUUUUAUCGUGAAAAAUCUCAAGAAGUCUUAAAGUUGCUGGAGAGUAAAGGACUCCUACUGAAAACAAUAAAAGGAACUGCUGUAAUAGAUCUAUCUGGGAAUGGUGACCCCUCUUCAAUUUGUACUGUAAUGCGAAGUGAUGGGACUUCUCUCUAUGCAACCAGAGAUCUUGCAGCUGCUAUAGAUCGAAUGGACAAGUAUAAUUUUGAUACAAUGAUAUAUGUGACAGAUAAAGGACAAAAAAAGCAUUUUCAGCAAGUAUUCCAAAUGCUGAAGCUCAUGGGAUAUGACUGGGCAGAAAGGUGCCAGCACGUGCCCUUUGGAGUAGUGCAGGGAAUGAAGACUCGAAGAGGAGAUGUCACUUUUCUGGAAGAUGUUUUAAAUGAGAUUCAAUUAAGGAUGCUACAGAACAUGGCUUCCAUUAAGACAACUAAAGAACUCAAAAACCCACAGGAGACUGCAGAGAGGGUCGGACUUGCAGCACUCAUUAUUCAGGACUUCAAAGGUUUACUCUUAUCUGACUACAAGUUCAACUGGGAUCGUGUUUUCCAGAGUCGUGGGGACACAGGAGUCUUCCUGCAAUACACACACGCCCGCCUCCACAGUUUGGAAGAGACUUUUGGAUGUGGUUACCUGAAUGACUUCAACACUGCUUGUUUACAAGAGCCACAGUCUGUUUCAAUUCUCCAGCAUCUUCUCAGGUUCGACGAGGUGCUUUAUAGAUCAUCUCAAGACCUUCAACCCAGGCAUAUUGUCAGUUACCUUCUAACUUUAAGUCAUCUUGCAGCCGUGGCACACAAAACACUACAAAUAAAAGAUAGUCCUCCUGAAGUGGCUGGGGCCAGACUUCGUCUUUUCAAAGCUGUCCGUUCUGUCCUAGCCAAUGGAAUGAAACUUCUUGGAAUAACACCUGUAUGUAGGAUGUAAUUUCCAACUAAAAUGGCUUUUAAAAUGUCAAAUGAAUUCUAGUUAUCUGUUCUAUCUUACUGUUAAGAAUAAAUUUAAACUAUUAUUCUA